GAGCACUGUAAAUAUUGCCUACGAAAAUAUGCUCUAAUCUCUUUUGACUUCUAAUCUAAGGUUUAAUAUUGUAGAACCAAUUCAAGUUGAACCCGUCUUAUUAGCGUUUCAAAUUAAACUGACCAGACAAUGAAGAUCGUCGUCAUUCUUUGUGCACUUUUUCCGUUGGGACUUAGCUUUAAAUUUAACAUCCCAACGGAAACGCUGCUUAAAUAUGAAGAUCUUAUUCAACCGUAUAAGGCGAAAUGCAUUCUCGAAAGUCAAAUCGUCUACGAUGUGGGAAGCAACGCUUUAUUAAACAAGGAGUUUCCAGAGGACGAUAACUUUAAAUGCUUCUUGAAAUGUAUGGGAAUCUCUAUGGGAUUUUUCAACGAAAAAGAAAACAAGUUUGUAAAGCAAACGACCAUGGAAAGCCUUGGAAUACCAAGUACCCUGUAUGAUCAAUGCUUUGGAGAGGUUUUGGAUCAAAACUUGUGUGACGUCGCAUUCAAUACAGCGAAAUGUGUUCUUCUCAGCAUUGAAUCAAAUAGUGGGCUAGCCUAGCCCAU